AUGCCAGUGAAAUGUUGUUUCCACAGGUCAAACACUGGGGAAACCAUGGCCUGGGCUGAGUCUGUGGAUACAGUACUAGCCAGUAAAGAGGGCCUGGCAGCUUUUAGGACGUUUCUGAAGUCUGAGUUCAGUGAGGAAAAUGUGGAGUUCUGGCUGGCCUGUGAGGACUUCAAGAAAACCAAAUCCUCCACCAAGAUCGCCUCGAAGGCCCAGAAGAUUUAUUCUGACUUUAUACAAGCUGAUGCUCCAAAGGAGGUUAAUAUUGACUUCCAUACCAAAAACGACAUCUCCCAGAACAUCUCCAAGCCCAGCCUCAGCUGCUUUGAUGCUGCUCAGAGCUCAGUCUACUGCCUCAUGGCAAAGGACUCUUUUCCCAGGUUCCUGAGGUCAGAGGUGUACAGGGAGCUGCUGAAGAAGGAGCAGGACAGAAAUCAGAAGAGGUGGCUCCCGUUCCUGUGA